AUGCUAUUGGCACUACUUUUCGUGGCAAAGCGCCUGUAUAGAGAGCUAAGACAGAGAUCACAAGGAGAACGCGAGCGUAUCUCUGAUUAUGUGGCAGCUUUUCAAUCGAUUUUGAGACGCUUCGAUCCUCCGGUAUCGGACAAAAGACAAGUAGCUAUCAUAUUGGAAGGGCUACACCAGCAGUACAAGCGUUAUUUAGAGACAAAAACGUUCAAAAAUUUGAGUCAAUUCAAGGAAACAGGAUUAGAUCUAGAAUACCAGCCAACUAAAAAUACGCGCGCGAGCAAGAGGAAAGCGAAGGUUAAGGACAAUGGGCCAAAGGGCGAAGUUGCCGCGGCUGCUGCUCAAGGCACCAAGCCGCAGGCGACGAAUCGCUCUUCACAGCAGGCAGCGCAGCUGAAUGUUGUAGCACAGCCGCCGCUUGCCCAGGUGUUUUCUGCGCCGAGCUUAAUUCCGCAGCAUCGGGGGCGAGCGAACGGCGAUCAAGUAGACAACGCGAAAGAACAACGUCCUUUCGCUGGCGCGUGUUUCUCGUGCGGUGUGGUUGGCCAUCAGAGGUCUCAGUGCCCGACCGCGCAGAAUACGCGGCCGAUCGCUUGUUAUAAGUGCAGACAACCUGGGCACUAUGCAAAUAGUUGUCCACUGAAGCCGACGGAGGCUAAGCCAAUAUGUCAGACGAACGGCGCGGAGUCGCGGUCGCGAGACGAAUCCAGUUCGCUCUCGACGGGGGUCGCUCCGAUGGAUACAUCGGAGGCUGCCCCGAUGGAUACGUCGGAGGCUGCCCCGAUGGAUACGUUGGUGGCGCCCCCGGCGUUAGUAACUUCUGCGGGUGGUUAUUGGCUCAAUGGUGCUGGCGCCCUUACACCGGUAGCCGAGGAGCUUAGGGCCCUCAGGCUCAAGUACCUGGAGGGUAACCGUUAG